AGCUUCCCGCAUGCGCACAGAAGCGGUGACCGCCAUUUUGCGCGCAGCUUCAAUCCGUCUUUCUGACUUAAAAAAAAAAACCAAGCCAAAAGAGAACGGCGUUCGCUUCCGAUGGCGUCAGAGAACGAAGCCGGACUCGUCGGAGAGGCGACUAUGCCCCUCAGCGGUGGCGGCACAUCGGAGAGCCCCGGUGGUGGCGGCCUCGGGGGGAUGACGACGGUGCGGCGCCUCACCGACCUGCGAGUGAUCGACUUGAGAGCAGAACUGAAGCGCCGCAGCCUAGAUACCGGCGGGAAUAAAAGCGUCCUCCUCGAGCGGCUUCGAACGGCUAUUGAGGAGGAAGGGGGAGAUCCUGAUGAGAUUCCAGUGGUGUCUGAAACAACCAACAGGAAGACUUCCAAAAGAAAUAGUAAAGGACGCAGGCCAGAGGAAGAGGGUGUUGAAGACAAUGGCCUUGAGGAAGAUUUUGGAGAUGGACAGGAGGAUGUUGAAGCAAAUUUGGAUAACUUGCAGGAUAUUGACAUGACGGAUGUUAGUGUGUUAGACAAAGCUGAAAUAGAUAACAGCAGCGCGGUAGACUGCCGAGCGGCCGACAGUGCCGCUAGUGGGCUUGACUCCCUCUCUGGCAGUCAAGGAAAUGCUGGGGCAGGAAGGAGAGAACUUCCACCGCAACUUGCGGGAUGUCCUGCAGGUGACAUGGAGGUACUUCCGCAGUUGCCGGGCAUUAAAGAAGACCCGAGAGAAAUACCAGUAGCCAUGGUUGAAGGUGAAGACACUGGAAGUGCCAUGGAGCUGACGGCCUCUGAUUUAAUCAUUAAAAAGGAACUGGAAGAGUUUCCUCUGGAAUCAGAAAAAUGCUCGACUAUUUUGGGUGACACUUGUAAAUCUGGAGCCCCCUUAAAGAAGCUACACUUCCUCGGCCGAGCAGGCACAAGAAGCGGAAAACCUGUUGGCGGGCAAAAGGCAGCCGAGGAAGAGGAAGACGCGCCAGCCGCCGUGGCGCCACUCUGUCGGAAGAAGGACUCUUAGGAUACGGAGAGCUUCCUCAGCCCAGCUCCGCAUGGCAGGAAGCAGGAGGAGGCGGAGGCAAAGCACUUAGUGGUAGCGGCAGGGGAGACGAGCGAGCAGACAGGAGAGGAAGCCCAUCUGGACUCGGACUGUGUAGCGGUAGAGAGCAGGAGUGGUGGUGGAGGAGGAGGAGGAGGAGAUGAGAGUAGCAAAACAGCAGCCCAAAGUCUGGAAGCCAGUAGUGAGGCAAGUGCGGCCGGCCAAGAGGCCGCGAAGACGGAAGAGAAAUCUCAGUGUGAGGAAGACUCCUCCUCUGCCACUAGAGAGGCCUCUGCCCCAGAGGGUGGUGAUCAGAACACGAGUUUGAACGAGGAUCCAGAGGCUAAAGGUACUUCGAAGGAUGAGAAGGCCCGGUCGAGCAGUAGUUCUGGAAGAAAUCUGUGGGUUAGUGGGCUUUCCUCUGCGACCAGAGCUACAGAUCUGAAGAACCUGUUCAGCAAAUAUGGAAAGGUGGUGGGUGCAAAAGUGGUGACCAACGCCCGCAGCCCUGGGGCUCGCUAAGUUACUGGCAACUUUGUCACCAUGUCCUCAUCUGAGGAAGCGACCAAGUGCAUCAGCCACCUCCACAGAACAGAGCUGCAUGGGAAAAUGAUCUCUGUGGAAAAAGCCAAAAAUGAACCUGCUGGGAAAAAGACUUCCUUGGACAAGAAAGAAAGCGAAACAAAGAAAGAAAAGGAGAGGCACCAUUCUACGGACGCCAGAUCAGAAAAGCCUCCUGGGGUUAAAAAAGAAGAGAAAGCAGACAAAAAGGACGAUGCGAGUAAGUUGGAAGACAAAGAUGGUGGAGAAGAAAAAGAAACCGCGGAGAACCAGGCGGACUCUGCAGACCCUGCAACCUCUGUUACAUCAGCCACUCAGGGAACCGAGCGGACGGUGGUUAUGGACCAGUCUAAAGGAGAGCCAGUUAUCAGCGUGAAAACCACAACCACGUCAAAAGAGCGAAGCACGAAAAGCCAAGACCGCAAGUCAGAGAGCAAAGAGAAGCAAGAUAUCCUGUCUUUCGAUAAAAUCAAAGAGCAGAGAGAAAGGGAGCGACAGAGGCAGCGGGAGCGAGAGAUCAGAGAGACGGAACGCCGUAGCAGGGAGCGUGAACGGCGGGACCGAGAGCAAAGGGUCCAGACUGUCCGGGAGCGGGAUGAGAGGCAGCGGCUCCAGCGAGAACGGGAGCGCCUGGAGUUCCAGAGGCAGCGCUUAGAUCGGGAGCGGAUGGAAAGAGAGCGCCUGGAACGGGAGCGCAUGCACAUUGAGCAGGAGAGGCGGCGGGAGCAGGAGCGCAUCCAGCGCGAGAGGGAGGAGCUGCGGCGGCAGCAGGAGCAGCUGCGCUACGAGCAGGAGAGGCGCUCGGCCCUGCGGCGGCCCUACAAUCCCGAUGGGAGGCGUGACGAUUCGUACUGGCCUGAGACGAAGCGGAUGGCUAUGGAGGACCGAUACCACUCCGACUUUAGAAGGCAAGAUCGUUUCCACGGGUUUGACCACAGAGACCGUGGCCGAUACCAAGACCAUGCUGUGGACAGGAGAGAAGGUUCAAGAGGACCUCCCGAUCGAUUUGGACAGCACUAUCCCAAUGACCGGCACGGAGGGCCUGACCACCACUCGCGAGACUCACGGGAGAGCUGGGGAGGCUACGGGACUGAACGAAGGUUGAGCGAAGGGCGACCUCCACCAUCCAGUGAUGGACGCGACUGGGGAGAUCACGGGCGCAAGCUUGAGGGCCAUCAGGACCGAUCCUGGCAGGAUGGAGAGAUGAUGGAACAUGACCACAAGAGGUGGCAAGGUGGGGAGCGGGGCAUCCCUGAUCCAGCAGGGCCUGAUCACGUGAUGAGCAGGGGAGGAAUGUCUGGGCGUAGUGGGUUUGUGCAAGGCGGAGACCAGAAUGCAUCGGUACCAGGCGCCGGCAUACAAGGAACCUUUAUGGACCAGGACAGGCCAAACCGACCCAACGAUACUCAUUUCGCCCGGCGAUAUUGAAGAUCCUUCUCCCGUUUAAUGCAAGAACUUCAUAACCAGGGUCACCUCCUUGGACUCUUUGUCACGGAAAGAGUUGAACCACAGCACCCUUAUUGUAACUUGCAGAUGACGUGAACUCAGAUCUUCCCCACCAUAUGUUCUUAUUUGGAUACCAUUUGUUUGUUUCAGAGGAAGCAUUCCUUUUUCCAUAAAUAAUAAAUCUAUAUUGUACUGCU